AGCUGGCUCUCAGCGCCAGGAGUUGCGGAGUUCGGGGGUCUGCCUUAGAACUUUCCGUGCCUAGCGGGGCCCCAGCCGCUCCGCCCCCGCGACGCCCGCGCCCGCGCCCGGGGCCGGGCCGGCUUGCUCGGCUUGCUCGCUGGCGGAGCGCGUGGGCAGCGCCGGCGGGAGCCGAGGUGCUUGCACUUGUCAGGUUAAGAAGCCCUAGCGAAGAAAACUUUCAGAAGUGCCUUAGUUUGAUUGCAUAAAAUUAUCAGUGAACUGAGAAAAUUUGAACCAGCUUUCCUAAGGAUAACCUGGAUAUACAGUAGCUUCACAGACUUAACUGAAGAUUUUUAUCAUUAGUCUCUGGACAUUGUUGCCUGAUACUUGAACGUAUUUGGAAUUUUUCUCAUGUGGAUCUAAGAGGAAUGCUUUAUUAUGGCUGCUGUUGUGCAACAGAACGACCUGGUGUUUGAAUUUGCUAGUAACGUCAUGGAGGAUGAACAACAGCUUGGUGAUCCAGCUGUUUUUCCUGCUGUAAUUGUGGAACAUGUUCCUGGUGCUGAUAUUCUCAAUAGUUAUGCAGGUCUGGCCUGUGUGGAAGAACCCAAUGAUAUGAUUACUGAGAGCUCCCUAGAUGUUGCCGAAGAAGAAAUCAUAGAUGAUGAUGAUGAUGACAUUACCCUUACAGUUGAAGCUUCUUGUCAAAAUGGGGAUGAAACUAUUGAAACUAUCGAGGCUGCAGAAGCUCUCCUCAAUAUGGACUCCCCUGGCCCAAUGCUGGAUGAAAAACGGCUAAAUAAUAAUAUAUUUAGUUCAUCUGAAGAUGACAUUGUUGUUGCCCCCAUCACCCAUGUAUCCGUCACAUUAGAUGGGAUUCCUGAAGUCAUGGAAACGCAGCAAGUUCAAGAGACGUACGCACACUCCCCUGGAGCCUCAUCACCGGAGCAGCCUAAGAGGAAGAAAGGGAGAAAAACUAAACCACCACGACCAGAUUCCCCAGCCUCGACCCCAAACAUAUCUGUGAAGAAGAAAAACAAAGAUGGGAAGGGAAACACAAUUUAUCUGUGGGAGUUUUUACUGGCACUGCUCCAAGACAAAGCUACUUGUCCUAAAUAUAUCAAAUGGACCCAGAGAGAAAAAGGCAUUUUUAAGUUGGUAGAUUCCAAAGCAGUAUCCAGGUUGUGGGGGAAGCAUAAAAACAAGCCUGAUAUGAAUUAUGAGACCAUGGGAAGAGCUCUCAGGUACUAUUAUCAAAGGGGUAUUCUGGCAAAAGUAGAAGGUCAGCGCUUGGUGUAUCAGUUCAAGGAAAUGCCGAAAGAUCUCAUUUAUAUAGAUGAUGAGGAUCCUAGUUCCAGCAUAGAGUCUCCAGAUUCAUCACUGUCUUCUACAACCACUGCAAGUAGAAAUCAACCAGGCCGAUCCAGAGUAUCUUCAAGUUCGGGAAUAAAAGGAGUCACUACAGUUCUGAAACCUGGGAAUUCAAAAGCUACAAAAUCCAAAGAUCCUGUGGAAGUUGCACAGACACCAGAAGUUCUGAGGACAGUGCAACCCACACAGUCUCCUUAUCCUACCCAGCUGUUCCGAACUAUUCAUGUAGUGCAACCAGUACAAGCUGUCCCAGAUGGAGAAGCAACGGGAACCAAUAAUGUGCAGGAUGAAACGUUAAAUUCUUCCGUUCAGAGUAUUAGGACCAUACAGGCUCCAGCCCAAGUCCCAGUGGUCGUGUCUCCUGGGAACCAGCAGUUACAUACAGUAACACUCCAGACAGUGCCAAUCACAACAGUUAUAGCCAGUACAGAUCCAUCUUCAGGUGCUGCGUCUCCAAAAUUUAUUUUGCAAGCCAUUCCAUCAUCACAGCCCAUGACUGUACUGAAAGAAAAUGUCAUGAUACAGUCCCAGAAGCCUGGUUCUCCUUCUUCCAUUGUCCUCAGCCCUGCCCAGGUCCAGCAGGUUCUUACCAGCAAUGUUCAGUCCAUUUGCAAUGGAACUGUCAGUAUGACUUCAUCUCCAUCCUUCAAUGCCACUACACCAGUGGUGACCUUUUCUCCUCGCAGUUCACAAGUCGUUGCUCACCCACCUGGCACUGUGAUCACUUCGGUUAUCAAAGCUCAAGAAACAAAAACUCUAGCAGAGGAAGUUGAGAAAAAGGAGAUUGAAGAUAAUUUGAAAGAAGACCCUGAGAAAACUGAGCAACAGCCACAGCCUUAUGUGAUGGUGGUGUCCAAUCCCAAUGGAUUUACCUCUCAGGUAGCUGUGAAACAAAACGAAUUGCUGGAACCGAACUCUUUUUAAUUGCCAUACCAAAGAAAUUGUCUGUGUUUUUUAAGUCAUCUUCAGUUGUAUGGGAACGAUCUGAUUCUGAAUUCUGUGGUCUAUGAAUUUUGUAGUUAAUUGUAAGAAAUAAUUUAGAGUUAAUUUUGAUUUCAUGAGAUGAGGGGAAAACCCAAGUGUUUCUCUUUGUUUUCUAAAUCAUUUGUGAAGGAAAAGGCAUUUUACACUAUGAAGACAUUCUGUCAAGAUUUUUUUCCCCAGUUGCUAUAUCAUGAACUUUUUUGUGGUGGGGAGGGGUUGGG